CGUCGCUUCCGGCGUGACUCGUUGGUUCCGGCCAGCGGCGUGAGGGGGUGAAAGUGACUUUGAGAGCUGGUUAAUUGGCCAUGGCCGAGGACAUGCAGCUGAAGCUGUGCCGCUACCGCACGGCGCCGUUCGACAGCCGCUUCCCCAACCAGAACCAGACGCGCAACUGCUGGCAGAACUACCUGCACUUCCAGCGGUGCCAGCCAUCCAUGGACGCCCGCGGCGCCGAUGCCACCCCGUGCCAGUGGUACUUCCGCGUCUACAAGUCCCUGUGUCCCACCUCGUGGGUGACGUGGGACGAGGCCCGCGAGGAGGGCACCUUCCCCGGCAAGAUCUGA